AUGAGAUGCGGUGAAUGCUCUGAAUUCCGAGCUAACUACCUAGACCAGCUUAUAAUUAUACAAGUACAACUGGAGAGUUUCUCACCAGCAGUUGAUACCUGGGAGAUGGACAUCACACAGAAACACAGUGUAGCUGCCGAGAUGAAGGUGCUGGGUACUAACCUGUUAAAAGGGAGGGACUACUUGCUUGCUGCUGAGAAGUACGGGUUAGCGCUGAAGUUGUUGGUUUCGGAUGGUUGUAGGGCUGUGCCUGAGGACAACCACGAGGAGAAAAUAUGUUUGAUUCGCAUGAACAUUUCCUUGUGUUUCAUGAAGAUGAAUGCCUAUGACGGGGUUAUUUACCAUAGUAAGUUUGUUCUAGACUGUUUCGACAACCCGGAGUUAGCUGUACAAAUCCCGAAAUGUCAGGAACACAUUAUAAAGACUCUGUACCGGCGAGCUUGGGCUUACUGUCAUAUAAACGAGUUUGAGGAUUGUAAGCGAGAUGUCAGCAGGAUAUUCGAUCUAGAUCCUGAUCACGUGGAAACCACCAAGUUGUUGGGUGUUGUUGAGGGCAGAGUGAAGCAAAAUGAUAAGAUGAUGUCAAAUAAUCUUAGAAAUAUGUUUAGGUGA